CGCAGCCGCGAACUGAGGAAAGGGCGAGUCAGAGGGAGCUUACAACGCAGCCACAACUCCUCCGCCAUUCAGCCAGACUGAGCCGGAAGGGCCAGAACCGAACAACCUAUUAAAAAAAAAGGGCCCGUUUUCAGCUUCCUCCUUUUCUCCAGCAGCAGCAGACUCCGUUACACAGCAGCGGCAACAUGCGUGAGAUUGUGCACCUGCAGGCCGGGCAGUGCGGGAACCAGAUUGGAGCAAAGUUCUGGGAGGUGAUCAGUGAUGAGCAUGGCAUCGACCCAACAGGAACCUACCAUGGUGACAGUGAUCUGCAGCUGGACAGAAUUAAUGUCUACUACAAUGAGGCUUCAGGUGGAAAGUAUGUGCCGAGGGCCAUCUUAGUGGAUCUGGAGCCAGGCACUAUGGACUCUGUUCGCUCUGGCCCCUUCGGACAGAUCUUCAGACCUGACAACUUUGUCUUUGGCCAGAGUGGAGCAGGUAAUAAUUGGGCAAAGGGUCACUACACAGAGGGAGCUGAGCUGGUGGACUCAGUUCUGGAUGUGGUGAGGAAAGAGGCUGAGAGCUGUGACUGCCUUCAGGGUUUCCAGCUCACACACUCCCUGGGUGGUGGUACCGGCUCUGGUAUGGGAACUCUGCUCAUCAGCAAGAUCCGAGAGGAGUACCCCGACCGUAUCAUGAACACCUUCAGUGUGGUGCCCUCUCCUAAGGUGUCGGACACAGUGGUGGAGCCCUACAACGCCACUCUGUCGGUCCACCAGCUGGUUGAGAACACAGACGAGACUUACUGCAUCGACAACGAGGCUUUAUAUGACAUCUGCUUCCGCACCCUCAAACUCACCACACCCACGUACGGCGACCUCAACCAUCUGGUGUCUGCCACCAUGAGCGGGGUGACGACUUGCCUGCGCUUCCCCGGCCAGCUCAACGCUGACCUCCGCAAACUGGCUGUAAACAUGGUCCCCUUCCCUCGUCUACACUUCUUCAUGCCUGGCUUUGCGCCGCUCACCAGCCGGGGCAGCCAGCAGUACAGAGCUCUCUCCGUCCCCGAACUCACUCAGCAGAUGUUCGAUGCUAAGAACAUGAUGGCGGCCUGCGACCCACGUCACGGCCGCUACCUGACGGUGGCUGCCGUGUUCCGCGGCCGUAUGUCCAUGAAGGAGGUGGAUGAGCAGAUGCUGAACGUGCAGAACAAAAACAGCAGCUACUUCGUGGAGUGGAUCCCAAACAACGUGAAGACGGCCGUGUGCGACAUCCCGCCUCGUGGGCUCAAGAUGGCCGCCACCUUCAUCGGCAACAGCACGGCUAUACAGGAGCUGUUCAAGCGCAUCUCUGAGCAGUUCACCGCCAUGUUCCGCCGCAAGGCCUUCCUCCACUGGUACACCGGCGAGGGUAUGGAUGAGAUGGAGUUCACUGAGGCGGAGAGCAACAUGAACGACUUGGUGUCCGAGUACCAGCAGUACCAGGACGCCACAGCCGAGGAGGGAGAGUUUGAGGAGGAGGGCGAGGAGGAGGUGGCCUGAGGCUAAAAUCACUCCCCAUUUGUCAUCUGCAACCAUCCAUAACUCCAUCCAACCACUUAUUCCAGCCCUACUCUGCACUUUCUCUUUGAUAUUUUUAACCUAUUUUUGUUUCGAUCCUUUCCCAGUUCUCUUAAUCCUGUCUUCAGUUUCUCUCUUCUCUCUGCCUCUUCUUCUCUUCGUAGGCCAGAGUAGGGCCCACACACUAAACUGCUCCUCCCAUCUUAGAGCUCAUGUAGAGGUAGCCAACACAAGUGUGCUCGUGGUCUUUUAUCAGUAUGUUUCUGUUUGUUUUCAUAAAUAAUCUUCAUCAGAUAAAAAGUUCCACACCUGGGCCAAUUUUGUCUUUUGUCUAAUUUGAAUUUGAUUGAAAUAAAUUAGUUGGAGAAAAA